CAAUGGCAUAUGUGAUUAAUUUUAGAAGAAUGGUCGUAAAAAUUCCAGUCAGUGCGAAAUAUAUAUACUUAAUAUACUUAAUAUCUAAUGCCGGCAGUUGGCCCGUUCUGCAAAAAUUCCAGCUUGUUCCUUUGUUUGAUCACCAAACUGUGUAAAUAUGGCCAAAAAUAAAAAUGUUGCGCAGACGUAAUUGGCGAGAGCAUAAUGCCAAUAUUUGCUGAGAAAUUUCGCCAAUUGUCUUGGCCACAUAUAAAACCGCCAGCCUCCCAAAUGGCAUUCAUCCAAGCAACAGCAUCAGGCAGCAACAGCAUGAAGGCAGGACAACUGGCACUCCGAAUCUUGGCGAUAAGCCUGUGCAUUUGGCUAACUAGCGCCUCGACCACAACCUCGACGACCACCACCACCACCGACGCCACCGCCACCACCACGACGACGACGGAUGCCACCACAACCACCACCACCACGGCGGCCUCCUCCUCCUCCUCCUCCUCGAAGGUCCAUCACAAGCGGAUUAGGAUCAAGGAUCUGCGCUACUCCAUAAGCCGCAAGGUGCGUGUCAACCGCAAGGGGAACUCCAGUUCCAGUUCCAGAUCCAGGAAGCGCUCCGGCAGGCGGGUCAGCUCGCGCCAGAUCAACAGGCUGCUUCUUCGCCGCAAUCAGGGAUAAUUUCCAAAUCCGCAACGAAUCAUAUCAAUUUGCGCAA